CGGGAAUUGUUUCUAAUCCUGACCUACGUAAAACAUUUUACGCUCGUAUUCUUAACAACAAGAGUCUCUUCCUUAGACUCUUAUUCACACAUAGUUAUAGUGUACUACUAGGUUCUCAUCAACUUACAAUAAUUUCUACUACUUGAACUUGCAGCGUUUCAUUUCUAAUAAAAUAUAUUGUAUGUUCUAACUAACUACGAGUACUAGCACUCACACACUUCACGGACGAGACAUACAUAUUCAGCGGCUGUCAUCUAUUUCACGACACCAAGACACAAACUAACUAGUCGAGAUGAGCGUCCAUCGCAGAGCAGGAGAAGGUCGUUAUGUGGGAUGGACGAGUCGCCUCGCUCCACAACUGUCUGCGAUAAUUUGUCUCCUCCUCUCUUCGUCCAGCACUGUCCUAGCUGCGAACCGUGGACAACACAAGACUGAAGCUAAAAACGAGAAGGCCGAAGAAGUAGCGGAGGCUACUACGGCAAAUGCUAGAGGACAGCUACAACAUGCUCUAAAGAAAGAGCCUCCAACGGAGAAUCCUGGACCUGGAGGACAGCAAAAAGCGGAAGUGGAUUCACCAAAAAACAAAGUAGAUGUGGCUCAUGCAGCUGGAAGCAGUCGCGACAGGAGACGUGAAGG